UUGAAUCUUUGAUCUGAAAACUGAUCACAGAACGGACUGCUUGAAGAUGAUGCUAAGUCCAGACCAGCCAGAUGCCGGGCUGCCCACAGAGACCCUGCUGAACGGCAUCAAGAUGGAGUGUGCCCCCAUGCCUGCGGAGCCCGCAGAAGGCCAGGGCAAGGCGCGAUCUCUGUCCAUGCCUUCCCUCAGCAGGGAGGAGAAGAGGAGGCGGCGGCGUGCCACAGACAAGUACCGGUCCGCACACGCCACGAGAGAGCGCAUCCGCGUUGAGGCCUUCAACGUUGGGUUCGCCGAGCUGAGGAAACUUCUCCCGACACUUCCGCCAGACAAGAAGCUGUCCAAGAUCGAGAUCCUCCGGCUGGCAAUCUGCUACAUCACCUACCUCAACCAUGUGCUGGACGCGUAGGGCAGGCGUUAGGGAUGGACAUCUGUCAGUGAAGGAGAGAAGACUGAACAUGGGGAAGAUCUCAAUUGCAUACUCUUCGCAUCCUCUCUCCUUUCUUAUCUUCUCCUUCUCAAAACUAAUCUGAUGAGAAAACCAGAGGAUCCUCCUCUCUGACCGUCUCCUCCAAUGGGUUUUGAAAAAGAGACAAGGAGAAAGGACGCAAGGAGUAUGUAAUUGAGAUCUUCCCAUGGAGACCGAGAAAGGUGGACAUUGUUGCCACAUAUCUGGCCUCGGAGCCCUGUCGUGCCUAUUGUGUCUGCCGAAGUCCCCUGGUGUGGUGCCACUGGGCCAGGGACACAUAAUAAAACAGGACCUAAUGUCUCUCUGUCUUUCUCAGUGCUGCCCCUCUGGACUUCCCCACAGACUUAUUCAGUGCUGCUGCUGAGUCACCUCAAUCCAAAUUUGUUUUGUCAGAAAAUGCAAUAAUGUCGGGUUGUCCUACUUCUUGUAGGCCCAUGUUCCUAAUAUUGAAAGGUAUAGUACUGUUAGCUUAUAGACUUUACUGCCAGGGCCAAACUUCUCUCCAUGGACAGGGCUGAUUUAAAGGACCUAUAGCUGCAGAGACGUGCUGAAAUCAGCACUGAUGUUCACAAUAGAAUAUAACUGGGCACUUAUUUACAGAAAGUAGUUGUUUUAUAUUGUGUUCAUUGUUGGUUUGUGGAUUAGGCCUAUUAAGUUAUUUAUUUGUCAAUGAAUGUUUACAUUGUGUCAUGUCUUAUGUCUGGUGUUUGCACAUGCAUAUGGAUAUUGUUGCUCUUUAAUUGCAGUUUUUAUCAGAUUUGAUCUGUUUAACAUUUUUCCCCAAAAAUGUGAAAUCCUUGUUAAGUCCAAAGGUUGCAAGGGAAAUUGCAAUAUUUCGUUUAAUAUGGUGAGACAGUCUCAGAUUUAGGCUGACAAUUUAAUUGUUCGAUUUUUCGAUUGUCCCGAAGUUUGUUGGUUUCGUGCUUUUUUUAGACUAAAAUGUUUUGGGUGACAAAAACUCCAUAGUUUACUGUAGCCAAUACCUGCUUUCCAAAGAUUGCUUAAGUUAACAUUUCAGGGUG